GGAGAGAACCUGUCAGAAACAUAAUCGGCUAGUGAUUUUUUAUGUGUCAUUAUUAUUGUGUUAAAACUAUUAAUUUUGUGUGUGUGUGUGUCACUGUUAAACUCUUAUUUGUUGUGUGUGUUGAAACUUUUGACUAUUAAACUGUUUUAGGUAUAUUCUGUGCGUGCUGAAUUUUGUGUUGGGGGUCUGUGAACUACCCAGAAAUGGAUAAAAAAGCUGGACAUGUGUGUGCAGCUAGAAACUGUCGUAAUAAACAAUAUAAUUCUUCAAAAAGUUUCUUUACCUUCCCUAAAGACCCUGUAAGGGCAAGAACUUGGGUAUUUAAUAGCCACCAUGAGGAUUUAAUGGAAAAUCUGAAUAAUUUACAUAAAACCCAUCGACUGUGUGGAGAUCAUUUUAAUAUAAAAAUGUUUACCAAUAAGUACUGCAACCGCUUAAAACAUAAUGCCAUUCCUACAAUAUUCCCCGAACAGGAGGGUUCUUCGAGAAACUUUUCAGGAGCGCCAACCGAUCAUGACUGCUAUAGCCUUCCACAGCUAAUCUGUUUAGAGGAGGUGCCUGCAAAGAAAGUUAAAGUCUUGCAAAAUGUCAUCAUUCCAGGUUGUGAAGACAGCGGAGAUAAUUUUUCGCCGCAAUCUCAACAGACUGGUCAAGAUUUAAGUAUUGUAAUACCUGCACAUGAGAAAGAAAAUACUCUGCAACAAUCGCCAACAGCAUGUACGCAGACAUCUUCAACACUGUCGUUUGGCACCCCUAGAAAGAGGAAAUAUAGAGAGCAAAUUAAAAUACUAGCUGCGGAAAAUAAGAUCUUAAUGAAAAGAAAUGAGGAACUUGAGGAGAUGCUCAAAAAUGCUCAUAAUAAUGUGUAAUAUAAAUUUUGUAGUUCAGCAGAAACUGCAGAAUUCAUUAAUAUACAAGUUAGCCAAGGUGGAAAGAAGAAAAAUGGGAAGACGAUAUUCUAAACAGUUUAAAGCUGAACGCUUAAGAAUCUACUUCACAGGCCCUACAGUAUGCAAAAAUUACUUAAUGAAGAAAUUCUCUUUUCUCUCAACAGUUCUCAACAAAGCAAAUUUUGUAUAUUAUGCAUCGAUGAAAUUAGCAUAAAAGUUAAUUUAUUUUAUAAUCAUGUCACCGACUUAGAGGAGUAUAUUCUAAAUGGAAGCAACCAUUAGCCUAUUAUUUUUGUCACACAAAUUGUCCUGCUGACUCUUUAAAUGAAAUUGUAAAUGAUGUUAUGGGAAAAGUGAAUGAUGUUGGUUUAAAUCUUUGUGCCAUAACAACAGACAUGGGAUCGAAUAAUAUUCAGUUAGCUAAUGUCAGUGAUGUAACACCAGAAAUGCCUUUCUUUUAUGUGGCGGAAAAAUA